AUGUAAAACGCUGUUUCAGUAUCGAAGGUGUCUUAGCUGAGAACUGGCGGCGGCAAAAUGAACGUCUUUGAGGCAAACCCAAAGUGGCUUCUUGUUGCUGUAUUUUACGCAGUGGGUAGAUGCGACGUUUUUCAAGACGGUGAUGACAUUCAAGAUGUGACGUUUGUCAACAAAGCUUUCUCAUAUUUAUUUGAAGAGCAGGAAACAUCUUGCCCGAUUGCAGUUGUAUCAAGACCGCAAACCUCUACUACUCAGCCAACAACGGUACCAAAGUCCCUCAAAUACCCGUGUAACGACUAUCCCAAGAACUAUGACGGUAAUAGGAUUUUUACGAAGAAGAACUUGCUUGAAACGCCAGACCAACUACUCAUCUGCUACUUUGGAUUCGUGUCUAAAAACUGCAGUUGCACUUUGAAAGAUUUGUAUUUUUAUAGAGCAGACGACAAGUCAUUCGAGGAUCCAUUCAUUAUGCGUCAAGCCGUCAGAGACUAUCGCCCAAAUUCCUUCCAAACCGUUUGUGCCGAUUACAAUGUGGAUGCACCGAACGCUGUUGCAGAAUACAGAUGCAAAGGAACCGAACGGGUCGACACACCCAUUUUCUACGUACACCAUGCAGAUAAAUGUCGCUCCCCUUGA